UAAAAGCACAGAUAGUGAUUGAAAGUGAUGUUAAAAAGGAUUUAGCCUCCGCAUUAAGUUGGACCAGAGCAUUAGCCCAAAGUCCUGGCCAUCUGCCCUUGAAGGUGCGAGGGGGAGGUCAGAAACUGGGAAAGCCUUCAAGGCAACACACACACACACACGCUGCAGCAAGCGUUAGUUUCAAAAUCCGGAUCGCAUCUUGAAUGCAGGUCAUAUCACAUCACUCCCUUCGUUUUGUCGGUCAUGAGAAAGUCCCCCAGUGUGGAGAGGACGGGACAGCAGGAACAGCACAGAGACCUCGUCACUGAGCCCAGGUUGGAUUUGGGAGGAUUUCAAGAGGUCGGUUUGAAAUUGAGGCGAGCGGCCAGAGGGAGUGAGUGAGUGUGAGAGAGAGAAAGAGAGAGGGAGCCGAGUGCCCGUAGCCGGACAGGAGCCAUGGAGUUGCUGGGACGGCUGGUUGCCCUGCUCAGGUACCAGCUGUGCCCAUGCUGAGUGAGGCACGGUGCCCGCUGCGCCCUCUCCAGCCGCCCCGGGGGCUGUAUGUGUGUGCGCUCCGCCCGGGGCACCAUGCGCUCCGGCUCGAUGCUGCAACUGGCCGCCCUGGUGUACUCGCUGCUCUCGGCCCGGAGCCAGUACGACAGCUGCAAGUCGCUGGUGAACACCGAUGACGCCGGCCCUUCCUGGGAGUUUUACGCCUGCCAGCCCCGAGCCAUGGCCAUGAAGCGGUACCUGAGGGUGAAGGUGGAACCGCCAGGGGUGACUUGCGGAAACCCUCCGGAGAGGUUCUGUGCGCUGGGCAAUCCCUACAUGUGCUUUAGUGAAUGCGACUCUUCAAACCCAGAUCUGGCUCACCCGCCCAAAUUAAUGUUUGAUCAAGAGAAUAAUGGACCCGUAACUUACUGGCAAAGUGUCACUUGGAGCAAAUACCCUGAACCUCUCUUGGCCAACAUCACCCUCUCUUGGAAUAAGAGCAUACAACUUACUGAGAAUAUAGUCAUUACUUUUGAGGCAGGUCGACCCACCACUAUGAUAUUGGAGAAGUCCCUCAACUAUGGAAGGACAUGGCAGCCUUACCAAUACUACGCGGAGGAUUGCAUGGAGGCUUUCAGAAUGGAGGCCAAAAACGUUCGGGAUCUCUCACCUGUGACUGCCCUCCAGGUCAUCUGUACAGAAGACUACUCGAAGUGGGUGGGCUUUGAAAAUGAGAAGAAUUUGCACUUUGAGGUCAAGGAACGCUUUGCCAUUUUUGCAGGCACACUCCUCCAGAACAUGGAGGCUCUGUACAAGAGAAUGGACAUUAACAAGGGACUGAGGGACUUUUUCACCUUAACAGACCUUCGAAUCAGGCUGAUAAAACCUGCAACUGGAGGGACAUUCGUUCAGAGGAAAUAUCUAAAUACAUACUUCUACGCCAUUUCAAAUGUUGAAAUCAUGGGCAGGUGUAAGUGCAACAUGCAUGCAAACAGCUGCCAUUUCAAAGAUGGGAAUCUGAUGUGCGAGUGUGAGCACAACACAACAGGUCAAGACUGUGGAAAGUGCAGGAAGAACUAUAAAGCCAAGUCAUGGCGACCAGGCAGCUACAAUCCAUACCCGAUGGGAACAGCCAACAGUUGUGUGGCUGCCAGCUCUGCUUAUGGCAUUGUCCAGAAAUCACGGGCACUGAUUCCAUCCUUGGCAGCUGCCUCCCAGAAGCCACAGAAAGUGUCAGGAGAAACUAAUCUACAUCUUGAUAAAGGAGUCAAGAGCAGCCCUAUACCAACUCCUCAGCGAGAAGUUAAGAAGGGAGGACCCAUCUUAAUGCAAGGACAAGGAGUCAACAAAGAUUCUGUCCUGCCUCAAGCCCUUGCUGACAAUAUGAAUGUUUUGCACGAGCUCUGGUACUCGCAUAAUGAGCAGCAAUUUUCCUCAGUUAUUCCAAACAGAAAGUCUGGGUAUGGAAUGCCCUCUAGUGGAGGACAAUUGAAGAGACCACAAGCACCAGAGAAAAUAUCAAAACCACCUCAAACACAGCCCAGGUUAAAACCAAGUGACCAGGGAAACACUAAAGACUGUGAGUGCUACGGGCACUCCAAUCGUUGCAGUUACAUCGAGUAUCUCAAGAUUGUGACUUGUGUCAGCUGCAAGCACAACACUCGAGGCCAGCACUGCCAGCACUGCAGACUGGGCUACUACCGCAACGCCUCAGCAGAACUCGAUGAUGAGAACGUCUGUAUUGAAUGUAACUGCAACCAACUCGGAUCAAGACAUGACCGCUGCAAUGAGACAGGGCAUUGUGAGUGUAAAGCAGGAGCCACGGGCCUCAAAUGUGAGGAUUGUAAACCAGGAUACUAUUGGAGACUGGGUUGUUUCCCAAACGUUUGUGACAACGAGCUUCUGUUGUGUCAGAACGGUGGGACCUGUCACCAGAACCAGCGCUGUGUCUGCCCCAAAGGUUACACCGGCGUCCUGUGUGAAGCAGGGAGCUGUGACCCUGAAGGUGGGAACUGCAACGCGGCGUGCACCUCACUCCUGAGCCAGUGGGUGGCCCUGUUCUCCGCAUUGACAAUGCUGCUGCUGCUGGCCUCUCCCUAUGAAUAAUCUCCAGGCAAUUGGGCAAAUCUACACCCAGGAGCUGGAACGGUGUCCGAGGCGCUCUCAGGAGCAGGAGGCUCUUGGCGAUGACACGGUGUCACCAGCGUGGCGUGAUCCAACGGAAGUGUCACUUUGUAGGUUCCAUGUAUCUAACAAAAAAGGUGAUGAUGACAGACUGUAUAAAUUGACACGUGUUGUACCGUAUCCCACAGUGAACGUUGCUCAUAAUCAGUUUAGGGAGGGGUGGGGGGGAAAGAGACAUUGUAGGGAGUAAUUCCAUCAGUAAAGCCAACGGAGCAUUUAGGAACUAUCGUGGCGAGUAACUGCAAAUCGAACUGUUCACAUUUUGCUACAUAAUCCAAUGUCAUCUGUUGCCUAGAUGUACUGAUGCCUCAAACACUAGUGGCUGCUUUUUUUUGCGAAAUACCAGUUUGAUGGGAAAGAAAAUGGUUCAGUCUGUGGUCAGGUGGUUUCUAGAGGGUGGUAUAUAACAUGACAAGCAGUAUUAUUCUACCAGAUUGAAUACCCUUUUUUUUGUAGAAAUGGUUAUUUUUGCUCUACUUACAUGUGAACAUAUUAUGAACAUUUUAUUAUACAGUGACAACACACAGUAAAAAGACUUGUUACAUCA